AUGCCUCACUUUACGGUGGUACCCGUGAGGGAUAGAGCCCUGUCUGGCUAUGACAGUCUGGAGGGGAUCAACUCGGUGGACCACGGGGACGGUGGACCACCGGAUAAUCAAGACACCGUCAGCUCUGACGGACAUGGCAAUCACAAAGAAGACAGCCCCUUUCUCAACAGUCCUGACGAGAAGAAUAAGAAUGACUUCUACGAUCGGAACCUGGCCUUGUUCGAGGAAGAGCUGGACAUCCGACCCAAGGUGUCAUCUCUGCUCAGUCGUUUGGUCAGCUACACAAACAUCACCCAGGGAGCGAAGGAGCAUGAGGAGGAGGAGAGCGCGGGGGCCUCGCAAAGAAAGACUCCUAAGACCCCCAACAUGGGUACUCUGAUGGGCGUCUAUUUGCCCUGCCUACAGAACAUUUUCGGGGUCAUCCUUUUCCUGCGGCUGACGUGGAUCGUUGGGGUGGCCGGCAUCAUGCAGUCCCUGCUGAUUGUUAUCAUGUGCUGCACAUGUACCAUGCUCACGGCCAUAUCAAUGAGUGCCAUUGCAACAAAUGGUGUUGUUCCAGCCGGUGGGGCCUACUUCAUGAUCUCGCGCUCUCUGGGUCCAGAAUUUGGAGGAGCCGUCGGCCUGUGCUUCUAUCUUGGCACUACCUUUGCUUCCGCCAUGUACAUCCUCGGAGCCAUUGAAAUAUUCUUGCAAUAUCUGGUACCUCAAGCCGCCAUCUUUCAUGCUGCAGACCACCACGGCACUGACAGCGCGAUGCUGAACAACAUGCGCGUCUACGGCACCAUCUGCCUCAGUCUCAUGGCCGUGGUGGUUUUCGUGGGUGUCAAAUAUGUCAACAAGUUGGCCUCCCUCUUCCUCGCCUGCGUCAUCAUCUCAAUCGUCUCUAUCUACGCCGGCGCGAUCAAGUCUGUCUCUCAUCCACCAGAGUUCCCGAUCUGCAUGCUUGGCAACAGGACCUUGGUCAGAGAUCGUUUUGAUGUGUGUGCAAAGACCGUCACCAUUGGGAACACGACGGCACCCAGUCAACUGUGGGACCUGUUUUGCCUUCCGGGGAACUUGAGCAGUGCGCAGUGCGAUGACUACUUCCUGCAGAAUAACGUCACGGAAAUCCAGGGCAUUCCCGGACUAGCUAGUGGAAUAUUUAGAGACAAUUUAUGGGGCGACUACAUGCACAAAGGGGAGAUCUUGGAGAAGGAUGGCCUCGCGUCAGUGGACUCCCACAGCACCAUGGAGCACUUUGGCAUGUACGUGUCCGCAGACAUCGCCACGUCCUUCACGUUGCUGGUGGGCAUUUUCUUCCCUUCGGCCACAGGCAUCAUGGCCGGCUCCAACAGGUCUGGGGAUCUCCGGGAUGCUCAGAAGUCCAUUCCCAUUGGAACCAUCUUAGCUAUUACCACCACUACUCUUGUCUAUUUAAGUUCUGUUAUCCUGUUUGGGGCCUGUGUCGAAGGGGUGGUCCUAAGAGACAAAUUUGGCGAUGCAGUUCGGAACAAUUUGGUGGUGGGAACUCUUUCCUGGCCAUCCCCUUGGGUCAUUGUCAUCGGUUCCUUCUUCUCUACGGUGGGAGCAGGUCUGCAGACGCUCACUGGAGCUCCGAGACUUCUUCAGGCCAUCGCCAAGGACAAUAUCAUCCCUUUCCUCAGAGUGUUUGGUCAUGGGAAGACCAACGGUGAGCCAACAUGGGCCCUCUUGCUGACUGGCCUCAUAGCUGAGCUUGGUAUCCUGAUCGCCUCAUUGGAUAUGGUGGCUCCGAUCCUUUCCAUGUUUUUCCUGAUGUGCUAUCUCUUUGUUAACCUGGCCUGUGCCGUGCAAACACUUUUGCGCACCCCCAACUGGAGGCCGAGGUUCAGAUAUUACCACUGGACUCUAUCCUUCCUUGGAAUGAGCAUGUGUUUGGCCCUGAUGUUCAUCUCCUCCUGGUAUUACGCUAUUGUGGCCAUGGGCAUUGCUGGGAUGAUCUACAAGUACAUCGAGUACCAGGGAGCGGAAAAGGAGUGGGGAGACGGCAUCAGAGGUCUAUCGCUUAGUGCCGCACGCUAUGCCCUGUUGAGGCUAGAAGUCGGUCCUCCGCACACUAAAAACUGGAGACCACAGCUGCUGGUUCUGUCAAAGCUGGAUGAGGACCUCCACAUCAAAUAUCCCCGACUGCUGACCUUUGCCUCACAGCUGAAGGCGGGGAAGGGUCUUACCAUCGUGGGAUCUGUGAUCCAGGGAAAUUUCCUGGAAAGUUACGGGGAACUGCAAGCAGCAGAGCAGACCAUCAAGAACAUGAUGGACAUCGAGAGGGUCAAGGGUUUCUGUCAGGUGGUGGUGGCGACUAAGGUGCGGGAGGGCAUCAUCCACCUGAUCCAGUCCUGCGGUCUCGGGGGAAUGAAGCACAACACGGUGAUGAUGGGAUGGCCUUAUGGCUGGAGGCAAAGCGAGGACCCUCGGGCGUGGAAGACUUUUAUCAACACAGUCCGUUGCACCACUGCGGCCCACCUGGCUCUAAUGGUGCCCAAAAACGUGUCGUUCUACCCGAGCAACCACGAGCGCUUCACUGAUGGCAGCAUUGACGUGUGGUGGAUCGUCCAUGACGGGGGCAUGCUCAUGCUGCUGCCUUUCCUGCUCAAGCAACACAAAGUGUGGAGAAAAUGCAGAAUGCGUAUCUUCACCGUAGCCCAGAUGGAUGACAACAGCAUCCAGAUGAAGAAGGAUCUCGCCACAUUCCUCUACCAGCUGAGGAUAGAGGCUGAAGUGGAAGUGGUGGAGAUGCAUGACAGCGACAUCUCGGCAUACACGUACGAGCGCACGCUGAUGAUGGAGCAGAGAUCUCAGAUGCUGAGGCAGAUGAGGCUGUCCAGUGCGGAGAGGAAGAGAGAGGCCCAACUUGUUAAGGACAGACACUUGCUGGUGCGAAUGGGUAGUCUGUACUCGGAUGAGGAGGAGGACACGUUGGACAGUCCUCUGCCUGACAACAUUCAGAGGACGUGGACAAAAGAGAAGUGCGAGGCCGAGAGGAGCAUCAGAAAUAAUGCGCCCGAGAACUUCAGAGAGCUCAUGAGCCUCAAACCGGACCAGUCCAACGUACGGCGAAUGCACACGGCCGUGAAGCUGAACGAGGUGAUCGUCAACAGGUCCCACGACGCUCGGUUGGUGCUUCUCAACAUGCCGGGACCGCCUCGUGACACAGACGGAGACGAGAAUUAUAUGGAGUUUUUGGAGGUUUUGACCGAAGGUUUGGAAAGAGUGCUGCUGGUGCGAGGCGGUGGGCGCGAGGUUAUCACCAUCUACUCGUGACCAAUCCGAACGGACAGCGGGGGUGCUUCACCAUCCCACCGAAAGGCUUAGCUGCUCGAACGUCGCAUUAGAAUUGGGUGUCUUCGUAUAAGAUUAUGGUAAUGUACAUUAUCAGAACAUUUAUUUAGAGCAGUGGCGGCGAACCUUUUUUCUUAUUGUGCGUUGUUUCAGUCGUCGGAUCACACAGCUGUCGGUUCCCCACGCUGAUGCGGUGUAAAUUAUACAAUAGAGCAGCAGUAGUGCACACAAGGCCAAGGAGAUUUUGAUUUCAUGGGAUUCCGGGGUGGGUGCACACUUUAUUUAUUUAUUUAUUUGACUCUUUUCAUUUUUUUUUCCCCCUUGGAAGGCAAGAGACUUUUUUUUUUUUUUUAAGAUUUAAGUAUUCAAUUUGCAUGCAACGAUGGCUUGUUUGUUUUAACUUAUGUUUCUUGUUUGUACAUUUCUUUGUCGAUAAAGUUUUCAUUCGCAGAUGGUUGAGUCAUUCUCUGACUGAACGAGCAAUUUUGUUUUGGUUUGGUUUUUUUCAGGGAGUACAGAUGACAAGUUGUGCAGUGACAGAACAGUGCUAAUAAUCCUGAAUUAGAUUUACUUUUAAGUCAGUUAAAUUUAGUAAAUCAAUUCGUUUUAAUUUUGUAAUUUUUAUUUGAAUUCUUUGUUGAUUUUUUUUUCCCUCAAAAG